AUGCCUUGGUCCAAACACUACUACGCGGUAGAGCCGCCGCGGAAGAACACUGGCGGCGGCGGCGGCGGCGGCGUCGGCGAGGCGAAGGGCGACGACGACACCCUCCUCUCGCUGUCGCUUGGCGACAUCUACAGCGCCAAGGCCCCCGCGGCGAGGGCGAAGGCCGAUGCCGGCAGCCUCCGCUCGCCGGUGGUGACGACACCGAUGGUGGCCGCGGCGGCACCCGUGCGGCCCGCGGAUCUGCUGGCCGCGCCUUCCGCCGCGGCGGCGGCGUUCCACUACCCGCCGCCGCGCUUCGAUGCCCUAGUGGUUGAAGGCAGCGGCGCCUUCCCAGCAGCGAGUGUCCCUGCGCCGACUCGGAUGGCGAUGGUGUUUCCCUGCGACGGCAAUGCAAUCGUCCCCGCCCCGGCGGUGCAUGGGCAUGGCGACGGCGACGGCACUCCUGCAGCGCCAACGAAGCGCCCCGCGAAGCGUUCGCGCUCUGGUCGCCGCCGCUCGAGCGCCACCACCGGCCACUCAGGAGCGGGCGCCUCCGCCCACGCCGCCAAACAGGCAGACGACAAAGCGACCAUCGAGAUCGAGGGCGGCCUCCACGUGGUCCCGCCGUACCCGUGGUCCACGGAGCGCGUGGGCGUGCACCACUCCCUCGCCGAGCUGUCGCGGCGGGGCGUCGAGGCCGUCACCGGCGAGCUGCGGUGCAAGCGCUGCGAGGACCUCCGCCUCGUGACGCUCGACGCCAGGGCCAGGUUCGAGGACCUGCGCGGCUACAUCUCGCGCAACGUCCAGGGCAUGGACGACCGCGCGCCGCGGAGGUGGAAGGAGCCGGCGCUGCCGGACUGCGAGCGGUGCGGGCAGAGGGGCAGCAUGCGCCCGGUGAUCCCGGCGGACAAGCACCGGAUCAACUGGGUAUUCCUGCUGCUCAGCGAGAUGCUGGGGGUGUGCACCCUGGAGCAGCUCAAGCACUUCUGCGAGCACACCCACCAGCACCGCACCGGCGCCAAGGACAGGGUGCUCUACUCGACCUACAUGGAGCUCUGCAACCAGCUGCUGCCGAAUGGGCUCUUCGACAUGGAAUCGGAGAGGAGGAAGAGGAUCCGUCCAAAUGCUUAA